AUGGCAACUUCAUGGAGAAUCAUAGCCGUGCUGACCUGGCUUUUCGCCACAGAAUCAGUCGAUUGCCUGCCCCGGUCAAUAAGCACUUCUAGUUCUCAAGUCACGACUCUAGCAACGACAGAGCCAGAGCAAGUCUCGAGAACUCAAUAUCCUCCUUCAAACCAAAGGAUUGCCAUUCAGGCAGCCACACCGACUUAUUGUGUUCCCUUGGAUCACAGCGGUCAUCCAUCGCAACUUCCGUUCCCAACCCUCGACUUGAGCAACCUAUUUGGUGGUCCCGACGGGCUGCUGUUGCCCCCAACCACAGCCCUACCACCUACCACCUACCACAGUGGUACAUCAAACCACACGUCACCAGAAUCGCCGUCUUCCGACACAGAAUCCGAACUCACAAUCGCGUCAACAGCAACAAUGACGCAGAACAUCUUUGAGCCGAUUGGAACUGGCGCUGUUCCCGCCAGCAUCAAGACACGGAAUGACCAUCCUGUCCCGAACCAACAUGCUAAUUCAAGCGGCCCUAUUGAGACCAACAAGUUCUAUGCUGGUCUUUUCCUUGGUUCGCAAACCAACGCUUCUUUCACUCAGCCCUACUCCAUCGCGUGGUCCCGGGGAGGAGGGUCGCUGAGAAGCUGGGGAAUGGGUGUCUCUCACGUGGAAGCCAAGCUGCUUGCAUACGGCCCGCCAAAUUCCAAAUUACCCGGCAGUCCGGUCAGCUUUUAUAUCAAUCCCAUUGGACUCCAGCAUGUCAUUUUGUCAGCUACUGAACUCAAUGAGUCCAGCGUGCUCGUCACGGAGGAGCCCAAGGCCUUUUCGGCCACAGCCGUCCUCAAGCGGUCCAGCAGCUCCUCGCAAAGUAUCACAUUCCCUGUGGUUCAGGGAAUGGGGUACGUCACAGGCGUAUACCGCGAUCUUCAGCCCGUGGUGGAAAGCGGUACAUUCUUCCGCAAGAUCGUCAAUUCUGGAUCCCCAAAGUCGGGCAUCUUUAAAUACCAGCUAUAUCUGGAGGACGAUACCGUCUGGAUGCUUUAUGUUGUCCCUGACAAUGGCCGAGAUCCCCAGUUCAAAUUGAUCAGUAACUCGAGUCUCCAGGGCCCAUCUGGAUUCACCGGGACCAUUCAGGUCGCCAAGAACCCUGCUGGUCAAACAGGCGAGAAGUUCUUCGACAAUUCAGCGGGCGUCUACCCCGUUGCAGGCACUGUGUCUGGGAAUGUCAGCGGAACUUCGGGCACUUACAGCCUCUCGUGGACCAAGGCUGGCAGGAACAGCAGUGACACCCCUCUCAUCAUGUUUGCCCUGCCCCAUCACGUCCAAUCUUUCGACAGGGACACACUUGGACGUGCCACUGACAUUCGCCUGCGAACUACCACCAAGGGCAAUGCCACUGCCGUGAUUGGGGAUCGCUGGGUCAUGAGUGAGCAAAAUCUUCCCACAGACAUGGGAUUCGCCCCUUGGUCGCCACUCAUCGGCAACAUCAAAGCUCUUUCUGGAACCGCUCAACGAGCGAUACUGGAUGUGGCCCCUUUGGAAUUACAACAGAGUAUUGAAAACCAGACCAACCUCAACAGCAUGUAUUACAGCGGAAAAGCUCUGAGCAAGUUCGCAACCUUGAUCUGGACCGUCAGCGACCUUACCAACAGCCCCGGUAUCGCUCAAGAUGCUCUACAAGAAUUGAAAAGAUGCUUCUCCCGCUUUGCGCAGAAUCGGCAACAAUUCCCUCUUGCGUAUGACUCCGUUUGGAAGGGCGUGGUGUCGACGGCAGGCUAUGGGGGCGAUCUGAAUGCCGACUUUGGAAACACGGCCUACAACGAUCAUCACUUUCACUAUGGCUACUUCAUUCAAGCUGCCGCCAUCAUCGGCACCAUGGAUCCGGGUUGGCUUGCCGAAAAUAAGGAGUGGGUCAACACUCUCGUUCGCGACGCCGGCAAUUCCAUCGAGUACGACCCUUACUUCCCUUUUUCCCGCUCUUUCGAUUGGUUCAAUGGUCAUUCAUGGGCCAAAGGGCUCUUCGAGUCAUUUGAUGGAAAGGAUCAAGAAUCCACUUCUGAGGAUGCCAUGUUCGCGUACGCGAUCAAGAUGUGGGGCAAAACCAUUGGGGAUGCCAGCAUGGAGGCUCGUGGGAACAUGAUGCUGGCGAUCUUGCGCCGCUCGCUGAAAAACUACUUCCUCAUGCAGACCAACAACACCAACCAGCCCGCCAACUUCAUUGGGAAUAAGGUGACUGGGAUUCUGUUUGAGAACAAGGUGGAUCACACCACGUACUUUGGAAACAACCCCGAGUUUAUUCAAGGUAUCCACAUGCUGCCAUUGCUUCCCAACUCGGGCUACACCCGUGAGCCGACGUUUGUCGCCGAAGAGUGGCAAGCUAUCUUUUCAGAGAGCUCGUCAUCCCCUGCGUCCAGGGUCCAAGGUGGCUGGAAGGGAGUUCUGUUCGCCAACCUCGCAUUGAUUGACCCGCGGGCGUCGUGGGAGUUCUUUGCUCAAUCUAAUUUCGACUACAGCUGGAUCGAUGGCGGGGCCUCUCGCAUUUGGUACAUGGCCUAUUCUGCUGGUAAGUCCGCGGACGUGCUCCUCGUCAACCAUGCGGAACAAUACUAA